AUGGACCUCGCGCUUUACAAGGUGCGCUACCACAUACUCUGCGAUGCCAAACGACUGACUGCCAGCCAGACAGAUAUGGCGAUGCAGCCCACGGAAGGGCGAACAGCUCGUAUCCUUCCGUGGCUUCACACCCAGUCAGAAGCAGACGAGCUUGAUGCUACACAGGCCCUCGGAGUCUUGUUCACCGAUGGCAUGUUGCACAAAAUCGUUGUCGCCAAUGCCGAAGUGAAGGAGUUACUCGACCACGUUGAUGAUCCUGAAGUAUGGUCUCGAAUACGUAUCAGGAAGGACCUUGACAAGCGUAUUAGCAAACUAUCAGAUAUCCCCAGUCCCACUUCCAUUGUCGGCAGCGCUGCCACUCUGAAGAAGUUCCUCAACGCCGCUGGUCACCCUAGGAGACUCUUUGACCUCGACCAUGUCAAUGUCACCCUGCAGGACAUUACCUACGCGUCUAGCUUCCUCAGUGCGACGGUUGAGUUUUAUGAUGAUGAGGCCCAGCGUCGGACUGCCAUUAGGCCGCGGGUCAACAACUUAAUGGCGGCUGGUUUAUGGGUCACAAAACUCGAGUGGCUAAGCAACAUUGAGCUCUGCUGGACAGCAACUUCGGAGCGAUUCGUUGCCAGUCUCAAUACCGGAACGGUCCAUCCCCCCACGACUCUCGCCAAUGAUAUUCCAGCGCGCCAGCCCGAUUUAGACUCGUCCCUGACCGCAUGA